AAAUUCUUUAUUACCCACAAGAAUUCUUAGCAAAAUCAAAUCAAAGUUUAACCAUGUUUCUGUCGAGGUUUGUUGGGAGGACAGCUCUCUUGGCAGCUGCUAAGUCAGAACGCUCAGCUGCUGCUGCUGCGGCCGCAACGGGUCGUAACCCUCUUGAGCAGUUCUUUGAGGCUGAUAGAAGCCCUGAUGACGAAAAACCUGUCUACGGUCGAAGUUGGAAAGCUUCUGAGCUGCGUCUAAAGUCUUGGGAUGAUCUCCAUAAACUAUGGUAUGUUUUGUUGAAAGAGAAAAACAUGUUGAUGACUCAACGGCAGAUGCUUCAUGCCCAGAAUCUACGAUUCCCUAAUCCAGAACGUAUUCCCAAGGUAAGGAAGUCAAUGUGCCGUAUCAAGCAAGUACUUACUGAAAGAGCAAUUGAAGACCCAGAUCCCAGGAGGUCUGCAGAGAUGAGGAGGAUGAUAAAUGCUCUGUGAUAUUGUACUAACCUGCUCCACUCUGUUUCUGAAGGCUUUCUAUUGUUUUGUUGAUUUUUCCAUUUGUUGGACUGCAUCCUUCCAUUAUUGCAUCAAAACAUAUUAAAAUAGCCACCUCUUUAUGAACAUUACUAGUCUUUGUUUCUGUUGUGGAUGGCACAAAUUCAAUAGGGUGGGGGAUGAUACAACGACAAUAUAACUAUCACUUCUCAUCUCUGUUGGAUUAAUAGAACAUGAGCACAGGUUGUCUGUAGCUGUGAGAACUCUGAAA